GCCAAUUUCUCAUUUCCCCACUUUAUUUUUUGUUUUUUCGUUUGUUUAAAUGCUCUACUCUUAAAUUCAACUCUCUUCAUCUUCCUUCUCUUUCUUUUCCAACAAUUUUUUUCAGGGUGAAACUUUCUUCAACUUCUCCUUUUUUCAAAAUGGCACAGCAGAAAGUUGUGUUAAAGGUUCUAACCAUGACUGAUGAGAAAACAAAGCAGAAAGCAAUUGAAGCUGCUGCUGAUAUCUUUGGGGUGGAUUCAAUAGCAGCAGAUCUUAAAGAGCAGAAAUUGACAGUGAUUGGGCUAAUGGAUGCAGUAGCAGUUGUCAAGAAAUUGAAGAAAGUUGGAAAAGUUGAUUUGAUUUCAGUUGGUCCAGCCAAAGAAGAGAAGAAGGAAGAAAAGAAAGAAGAGAAAAAAGAGGAGAAGAAAGAAGAGAAGAAGGAAGAAAAAAAAGAGGAGAAAAAAUAAUUUAAUUUUCCUAAUUUUAUUAUUUAGUUUUUAUUAUAAUACAUACUAAAUAACCAUAAUUCAUCUUAUACAGAGUUAUUAUUUAUAUAUAGUAAUUUCUGCUGGUUAAUAGUGUUUAUUUUUGGUAGGUGAUAAACUAUUGAAACUUUUUUAUGAAAAAAAAAAAAAACAAGUUGUUAUGGAAAAAUCAUAAUUUUAACCUAAUUUUUGCAAAUAUUGGCAUAUGCUUUUGUAUUUUUUUAGUAUGAUGAAAAUAUGAUGCAAAGACUCCACUAUGAAAUUGGUGAUUGGUUAGAUAUAAAUAUUAACACGGUGUAACUACCUUGUAAAUAUAGUUUGUUCUCAAUUGGGAUAAGAUUAAUUUGCAAGGAUUGUGUGUAAAGUGUUCCCUCUU